AUGGUCGCCCCUACUCUCAUCGACUGCUGGCAUGUCCGCGAUCUUGCCAGGUUCCGCGCCAUCCUCAAGGGUGGCCCGGAUAGGGCCGCCGCCCACACCCUCAGCGGUUCCGGCAGCAUCGGCGCACAGCUAUCAAAGUCGCCCCACGGCUCGGCCCACAACGGCUUCAACGGCCCAUGCCCGCCCCACGAGGUCAACCGCAGAGACCUCCUAGGCCGCUCCGCCCUCCAUCUCAUCGCAUCCAGCCAGGAGCCCGCAAGCGUAGACUACCUCCACGCCCUCCUCGCACACCCCAGCCUCAACGUCAACCUCCAGGACGCAGAAAACGGCUGGACCGCACUCCACCGCGCACUCUACUCGGCAAACCUCAUCACCGCACUCAUCCUCCUCCGCCGCACCGACACCGACACCCGCAUAAAGGACCUCGAGGGCCUCACCCCCUUUGACCUCUACAACUCCACCGUCGCAGGCACCAACCCGCUCCACGAGGCCCUCAGCUGGGACUCUUCCACCAACAUAAAGGGCCGCACCCUCUGCCAGCUCUACUCGUGGGGAUCCAACCGCAACUUCACCCUCGGCCUCGGCGAUGGCGACGACCGCCAGCUGCCCGACCGCGUCAACCUGCGCAGGGAGGCAGACGAGUGGGAAAGGUCCCAGCAGGCGCUUGCGGCGGGCAAGAGGUUCGACCGCAUCGGAGUGCGCGACGUCGUCAUGGGCAGGAUGCACACCGUCAUCCUCACCGACGAGAGGGCGUCCAACGUGUGGAUCUGCGGAAUCGGCGGAAACGGCCGCCUCGGCAAGGCGCCCCAGACGCAGCCCCGCCUCGAGCCGCUGCACGACUUCCGCGAGACGGCACGCAGCGUCGCCGUCGCACAGGACCACACCAUCAUCGUCACCAUGUCCGGCGCCGCCUACACCUUUGGCCUCAACCGCUUCCAGCAGCUCGGCUACACCGUCGAACAGGGCCAGGGCUAUGUCGCCUCCAGCUCCGGAUCCGGAGCCUUCCGCGGCGCCGCCUUCGGAGCGGCGGGCUCCACCGCCCCUACUGCUGCCGCCGCCGGCGAGCUCGACGUGCAGAUCUCGCCGCGCAAGGUCGCCGGCGUGCUCAAAAAGGAGACGGUGCUCGGCGCGGCGGCCAGCAAGCUCCACUCGGUCGUCUUCACCACCGACGGCCUCUAUACAUGGGGCACCAACACGGGCCAGCUCGGCUACGACCGGGGCGGAACCCCCGUGCAGGUGCUGCCCCGGAGGGUGACGGGCCUCGCCGCCGGCACAGGGAUCAAGCAGGUGGCGGCGACCGAGUUCGGCACCGCGUGUCUGCUCGACAGCUGGGACGUCGUCCUCUUCCACAACGACACCCACUACCGGAUCAACUUCCCCCUCUCGCGCUUCUCGAGCGACAUCUCCGUCUUCCGCCCGCGCCAGGUGCAGCCCAAGUCGUGGAUCACCAAGCUGACCAGCAGCGGCAACACGUUCGCCGCGCUCAGCGACAUGGGCGACCUGUUUACGUUCAACCUCGAGCACCCUUCCGAGUACGGCGGGGCCGGCGGCGGCCGCGGAGGUGGGGGCGGAGGGGCUGCUUCGGGCCAUCAGGGCAAGAUGGCGGCGGCCCAGUCUGCGCCCCGACCGCAGCUGGUCUGGUCGGUCCGCAAGAAGUUCACCGCGGUCCGCGACGUGGCCAUCGGAUCCGACGGGUCCAUCAUCCUCUGCACCGAGAGCGGCCACGUCUACGUUCGCUCUCGCAAGGGCGAUGGCACGACCAAGGCCGCCGGCAAGAGCUUCAAGUUCCAGGCGGUGCCCUACCUGCAGCGGGUGGUCAAGGUGGCCAUCAACGAGACCGGCGGGCUUGCCGCCAUCAAGGUUGAUCCGCCGCUGCCAGAAGUCAGGAUGAAGGGUCGGACGAUUGAAGAGGCGCUGCGUGAUCUGCUGCCGCACCUCAAGGUGCGCUCCAUCACCGAAGACGGCGAAAAGGAGCAAGGGAUCAGCGCCGAGAUGGUCGAGAUCCACGAGGCGCGCAGCGAUGCUGGGUCGUCGGACGACGACAGCGACAGCGAUGCCGACUCCGACCAUGGCAGGGGUCACGGCCGGGCCACCAAGCGAACGGCUCACGACCGACACGUGCACGCCGCGCUUCUACUCGCGGAGGCGGCCAAGAGGUGGACCGCCGCGGGGAGCAGUGGCAGCCGUGCAGCCGCCGCAGAUGGCGACGCGGCCCAGCCGUCCUCGCAGCCGGGACGUGGGUACUAUGGCCCGCACAACCUGAAGCCGCCGUUCGGCUGCGACGCCUUCCUCAUCGCCGGCAACUGGUACCUGCCGGUCCACCGCGUCGUGCUGGCGGCGCGAAUCCCUGCGCUCCGCCAGGCGCUGGCCAACCCGGCCGCCAAGGUGCGGCUGCCGGACGGCGUGCAGGUCAAGAAGCUCAGCGACGCCGUCGCGUCCAUCGUGCUGCCGGCCUGCAGCUUCGGCACCGCGCUCUUCUUCCUCCACUGCGUCUACAGCGACAGCUUGCCGCCCGUCUGGACCCCGAGCAUCGGCAUCCUGGUCGACAAGGCGCUCAAGGCGGCCAAGAUCGACCGGAUGCAGGUGCAAAAGCAGCUGCUGCAGCUUGCCGAGCUGCUCGGCCUCUCGGUGCUCGAGUCGGCCAUCCGCUCGCCCAUCCUCCACGCCCUGACCGGCACGCUGCGCGACGAUAUGCUCGGCUUCUUUGCCGCGCAUGUCGAUGUGGCAGACGUCGAGGCCUCGCCCUUCCGCGAUGUCGAGAUCGAGCUCGAGGACCGCGUGGUGCCGGCCCACUCGGCCAUCCUGCGCCGGUCGCCGUUCUUCAGCGCCCUCUUCCAACCGCAGUGGACCGCGACGCGCUGGAACAGCCGCAACAUCAUCCGGAUCGACAUGCGGCACCUGCGCUGGGAAGUGGCACGCAUCGUGCUGAUGCACCUCUAUACCGACAUCGGCGAGGCGCUCUUCCGCGGCACCGAUACCGACCGCACCAUGGAGCAGUUUAUGGACUUUGUCGUCGAGGUCAUGGCGGCGUCCAACGAGCUGCUCCUCGACAAGCUCAAGCUCGUCUGCGGAUCGCUGCUCCGCAACCGUGUCCUUAGCCAGAACGUUGGCGCCGUCAUGACCGAGGCCGGCUUCUACGAAGCGGCCCAGCUCAAGGAGAUUACGAUGGACUACUGCACCAAGAACCUCGAGUCGCUGCUCGAGAGCGGCAUGCUCGUCGAGCUCGAGCACAAGAUGCUGCGCGAGCUGACCGCCUUCCUCCGGCGCCGGCAGGACGAGAAGAUGCGGCGCACCCUGGCCCAGGACAGCGUCCUGGCCCUCGUCGAAAAGCACCGCGAGUACUACGACGAUCUCGACAUCCCGCCGCCAAGCCUCCACCUGAUCACCAACAAGGUCCAGCCGAAAAAGGGCCCGACCCAGGUUCAGCUGCUGUCGCCUCGUCUCGCACCAGCCGAUCGCCGGAGGUCGCCCGCGAACGGCCGUGGCUCGUCGCCGCCGACCAGCAGCCCGGACCUGCGCCCGGUUGGCGAGGCGUCUGGCAAGAACGCACCGGGCGGCUCGGAUCCAGCGAUGAUGUUCUCGAUGGACGACGAAGAGGGCGAGCCGCGGUCCGCGCGCAGCGGGUCUGCAGGCUCGCCGUGGGCCACCCUGCCGAACGUCGCGCAGCUCAGCCUCGACGAGGUUGCACCCGCUCCCGCGGCACCAAGCGCAGCCGCACAGCCGUGGCGAGCCAGGACGGUCGAGGCCGAAAAGAGGGCGCAGAGCACCGAGUCGAGCCCGUCGCUGCGAGCCACCCGGCCCCCGGAGGGCGCCUCGGAUCUGCGGAGCAUCAUGAUGUCGCAAGAGCAGCAGCAGCAGCAGCAGACCCUCCGACGAUCGACGGCCGCAUCGCCGUCGACGUCGGGCACUUCCACGCCAAACCCGUCCGCUCGACCGACGGUCACGGCGGGCGGCUUCGACAUCACACCGCUGUCGCUGGCUUCGGCCAAGAUGUCGCAAAAGGACCGCAAGAGGCUCCAGCAGCAGCAACAACAACAGCAACAGCAGCAGACCGCCUCUGCCGCUGCUGCGGGAUCGCAGGUGGCGAGCGCCAGCUCCUCUGCCUUGAAUCGGCCGACAACGCCCGCAGCCUCGCCGUGGAAGCUGCCGUCGGCCUCGCAGACUUCACCAGCAACGGCGGCCUUCUCCCCAGAUGGCGCGACCCCCUCGAGCUGGGGCGCCAGGGCGUCUCAGCUGUCCGACGCGAUGUCGACGCCGCAGAGGCGACCGAGUGCUGCGCCGCUGCAAUCUCCCGGCCUAGGUCGAGGCGUGGUGCCGUCCUCGGAAGGCGGCUCGGCAAGGAGCUCGGCGGGCCCGCCAUCCACCCCGCUCGGCCCGACGUUUACGCCGACGAGGAUGCAGAGCAGCUCAGCACCACGGCGCACAUCCAACACGGAGGCAGCGUGGUCCUCACCAGCGAUUGCGCCAUCUUCGUCCUCCUUCCUCAGCAGCCCGCCACCAUCGUCGCCCUCGGUGAGGGCCGACGUCUCGGCGACCGACCUGCAGCAGGCGCGGCGGUCCAGCAGUACCGCAUCUCGGCCACAGCGGGCGUCGAAUCUGCAAAAGUCCCUCGACGCCGGGUCAACCACGGGUCCGGAAGGCGCUACCUCCAGCGUCACCUCCGUCCUCUCGCCCUCCGGUUCGGGCCGAGGAUCCGGAUCCGCGGGAUCACUUACCUUUGCGCAGAUCCAGGAGCAGCAGCGGCUGGCCGAGCGUCAGCAGACCGAGCAGAUGGCGGCGCUGUCGAAGCGCAGCUUCAUCGACAUCAUUGCCGAGGAAAAGGAGGAAGAGGAGCGGCGAAGGGUCGAGCUCAAGCAGCAGGAGGAGUUUGAAAAGUGGUUCGAGGAGGAGUCGAGGCGGAUACGAAGAGAAGGUGGCGGCGGUGGCGCAGGGCGAGCGGGUGGAAAAAAGGGCAAGGGCGGCGGUGGCGGUGGUGGUGGCGGUAAUGUCAAGGGAGGGCCGAAGGGCAGUGGCGGCAAUAGCGGUACCGCUGGCGGCGAUGGAGACCGGAAAGCGCAGAACGGCGCGUCGGGCAAGCGGAAAGCGCAGCAGGCCAAGCAAAGCAGCGCCGUCGGGGGCGAAACGGCCACCCCGUCCUCGGACGGUCCGCCGUCUGCGGGCGGAGGAGGCAAGCCAAAGGCACCACCAGGUGGUGGCGGCGGUGGCGGUGGGAAGAAGAAGCAGGCCACGCCAUCGACGACCGAAGGCGGGUCGGGUAGCCUCAAGACCGGCGGCGGUCGUGCCGGUGGCCCAGGCCGAGGCAACGGUACGGCCAGCGGGGGCGGCGGUGUUCCCAACGGCAGCGGUAGCGGUAGCGGCAAGGCCAACACCAGCGCCAACACCCCCGCCUCUGCUGCCGCCACCGCACCAGCGUCGUCGUCAGCAACACCGCCUGGAACGGCUUUGAACGCCGCACCGUCGUCGGGUACGGGUCUGUCGAUCCGCGCGCCGGCGUUUGUGCCGUCUCGCCCUUCGCAGUCGUAG